AUGGCCGACACCGACCAGGCAAUCGCGGAGGUGUACCGCAAAAUUGAACGAGAAAAGGCUCUUAUCAAUGCCGCCACGCACAUGCGACAGUCGACCAACAACGCCGCAGUCCAGGCCCGAGUCGACAGCAAUAUCCGCGAUGGGCGAAGGAACAUUACCUAUCUAGAAGAUAAACUCCAAGAAUUGCAAUUGCGCAAACAAGGCGGUCCCAACGAGGACGGUGCACCUGCACCGCCUGUCCACGGCGGAGCGGGCUAUCAGACAUCUGCUGCACGCGGCCAGCGGCCCUAUCCUGGAGGAAACGCCCCGACUCCUCCUCCCAAAGACCAACGAGGUUACUUCUCCGGCGACAGAGGAGACUAUGGAGAUCCUGGCGCUGGCGGGUAUAGUCAGGGCGGCACAGGCACGAUGCCACCACGAGCUCCCUAUGGCGACCCUAGACCUUACGAGACGCCCAUCCCUAAAGCGCGCCCGAACUUCUCAAAACUAGACUUGAUUAAAUACGAUACCCCCUACCUCGGCCCCAAGAUCCAACUCAUGCUCUCUCAACUCGAAUUCAAGCUCUCCGUAGAAAAGCAAUACAAGGCAGGCAUCGAGAAAAUGGUGCGCCUAUAUCAAGACGAAGGUGACAGGAAAAGCAGAUUGGAUGCAGAAGGUCGUCGCAUAGAAAGCAACCAAAAAGUCCAAUUGCUGAAACAGGCCUUGAAGAGGUAUAUGGAUCUGCACGUUGAUAUUGAGUCCUCAGACGGGGCAGAUGAUGACAGCCUCAAUGCCCCCAACAUGCGAAAGCCUCUUACAGGGCAUCUGGAAAUGCGCAUCCACGCCAUCAAGGACGUCGAUCACGCGGCGUCCUCGCGAUUUUCCAGAGGUCCAGAGACAUUCGUCAUCAUGAAAGUCGAGGACAACAUCCGAGCCAAAACCCGAGCGACGCGCACCGACAAGUGGACGGAGGAAAUACAUCACGUGGACAUUGACAAAGCCAACGAAAUCGAGCUGACCGUCUAUGACAAGGCUGGAGAUCGACCAACGCCAAUUGGGUUUCUCUGGAUUCGCAUUUCAGACAUUGCAGAAGAGAUGCGUCGGAAGAAGAUUGAAUCCGAGUUCCAACAGAAUGGCUGGGUAUCGGCGGACAAGAUGGCCAAUGGAGGCAGUACGGGUAAACCGCCAGGCUCCGACUUCCAACCUGCUCCUUUCAUGCCUCCAGGUGAUUCUGCCGGUGCGGGUUCAGCGGCCGGUUUCCCUCAGCAUGCACAACCCAUCAUGAUUGACUCAUGGUUCUCAUUGGAGCCAGCGGGUAGAAUACACCUCACCAUGAGUUUCCAGAAGCAGACAGGCGCUAGGCGGCCCUUUGAUAUCGGCCUCAACAGGCAAGGUGCUGUCCGUCAGAAGAAGGAAGAGGUGCACGAGAAGCAAGGGCAUAAGUUCGUCAAGCAACAGUUCUACAAUGUCAUGCGUUGCGCGCUUUGCGGCGAGUUUCUCAAAUACUCGGCUGGCAUGCAGUGCGCAGACUGCAAAUACACGUGCCACACCAAGUGUUAUCCCAAGGUGGUCACCAAAUGCAUCAGCAAGGCCAACUACGAGACGGACCCGGACGAAGAGAAAAUCAACCAUCGUAUCCCGCAUCGUUUCGACAACUUUUCCAACAUUGGCGCGAAUUGGUGUUGUCAUUGUGGCUACCUGUUGCCGCUGGGACGGCGCAAUGCAAAGAGAUGCUCCGAGUGUGGUCUCACAUGCCAUGCUCAUUGCCAGCAUCUGGUGCCGGACUUUUGCGGCAUGUCCAUGAUUGUUGCUAAUGAGAUUCUGGAGACCAUCCAGAGAACUAAGCACCACAACAAGUCCUCUUCCGUUAGUUCUGGAAUGAGCGGCAGAACGUUGCGACCCAACUCUGGCAGGCCGGGACCCGCCUCUCCUACCCAGAGUUACACCUCCGAUGCGGCGUCAUUGACACCGCAGAUAUCCAACCAAUCCUACGAUUACCAUCCCGAACAAACAAAACCCUCGCCCGCGGCCAAGAGCGCGGCACAGAACUUGAUGUACAAUCAUCCCCAACAAGCACAGUCACAACAGCCACAACGACCGAUCCCUCACCGACCAGUAUCGGCGACAGCCAUUCAAGCGGCUGCCGCCGCCACCAGUCGGCCUCCCUCGCAGCCGUACGGUCACGGCGCCUCGGAUUAUGGUCCGCAAAAAGUGGCUGUUGAUCGGUACGCCAAUGCACGGCCACCGGCCCCCGAGGCCCAGCCGCCGCACGCCUCCUAUGAUCCCCGCGCUUAUCAACAGUACGAUCGACAGCCGAUGCAACAGCAGCAGCAACAACCACCGCAAAUGCAACACCAACCACCACAACAAGCCGUGGUGCCACAGCAGAGACCGCAACAAGUCCAGCCCAGUUAUGCGCCUGCUCCGGCCAAACCAGCGCCAUCACAGCAACAACAGCAGCAGCAACAACAACAACAGCAAGUUGCUACACCGGUGUCGGGACGGGGCUCGGGGCCUCGCAUCGGCCUUGACCACUUCAACUUCCUCGCCGUGUUGGGUAAAGGUAACUUCGGGAAAGUCAUGCUUGCCGAGGCCAAAAGCUCCAAGAAGCUCUACGCAAUCAAGGUGCUGAAGAAGGAAUUCAUUAUUGAAAACGACGAAGUUGAAUCCACCAAAUCGGAGAAACGGGUGUUCCUGAUCGCCAACAAAGAAAGACAUCCGUUCCUGCUCAAUUUGCAUGCCUGCUUUCAGACCGAAACAAGAGUGUAUUUUGUCAUGGAGUACAUUUCUGGUGGCGACCUGAUGCUGCACAUCCAGCGGGGACAGUUUGGCCUUAAGCGAGCUCAGUUCUAUGCCGCCGAGGUAUGCCUGGCACUCAAGUACUUCCACGAGAACGGCGUCAUUUACCGAGAUUUGAAGCUGGACAACAUCCUGUUGACAUUGGAUGGCCACAUCAAGAUUGCCGAUUAUGGUCUGUGUAAGGAGGACAUGUGGUACGGAUCUACGACGUCGACUUUCUGCGGAACUCCCGAGUUCAUGGCGCCCGAAAUCCUCUUGGACAAGAAAUAUGGUCGUGCAGUGGAUUGGUGGGCUUUCGGAGUGCUCAUCUACCAGAUGCUUCUUCAGCAGUCACCAUUCCGCGGCGAAGACGAGGACGAGAUCUACGACGCGAUUCUGGCCGACGAACCUUUGUAUCCCAUCCAUAUGCCCCGUGACAGCGUGUCCAUUUUGCAGAAGCUUUUGACGAGAGAGCCCGAAAUGCGUCUGGGAAGUGGGCCUGGUGAUGCCCAGGAAGUCAUGAGCCAUGCCUUUUUCAAGGGUAUCAAUUGGGACGAUAUCUACCACAAGCGCGUGCCCACGCCGUUCAAACCUACCAUCAAGAACGAGAAGGAUACGAGCAACUUCGACCAGGAAUUCACGAGCGUGACUCCUGUCUUAACCCCGGUGCAGAGUGUUCUGUCACCGGCCCAUCAAGAAGAAUUCAGAGGCUUUUCGUAUUCGGCCGAUUUCAUUUAG